UAGUCACUAGUGGCGGUCAGGAUUCCAAGCUGUUGAAUGGUGCGUUAGUUGCCAUGGCUUUUGCUACUUUUCACCAGUUGUAGUCUUCGGGGUGCUAAGUCGAAUGGUCUUGCGCUAAAUCCAUCAGCGUUCCCUUUUUUCCCUAAAUCCCAGCGUGAUUUAACCCUAGUAUCUCUGAAUUGUCGCUCUGUUGUCAACAAGUUGUCUGAGCUCUGCGUUAUUGCCGAAUGUGCUAAGCCUGACAUAAUCUGCCUAACAGAGACGUGGCUCUGUCCCUCGAACCCGCUCUCACUGUCAGGCUAUAUCUGCAUCCGCAGAGAUCGACCUCCGGAAGACAAUCGGUAAGCACAUUGUAGCCGUGGGUAUGGGGGUGUUGCCGUACUUGUCCGUUCGGACUCCUUUCCUUACGUCUCCCCUCGUGCCGACCUUCAACGCCCUGGCUGCGAGUCUGUGUGGCUUGAACUUGGCUCCCCCUCUACUCAAUCUCAGAAUCACAUCUUACUAUGCUGCAUGUAUCGACCACCCUCACAGAGCACAAUGCAAUUGUCGUACUUUUGUGACAUGUUUGUUGAGGCAUUACAGUCAGUCUGUUUAGAUUCUUAUGAUCUGUUAGUGACUGGCGAUUUCAACGCCCACAACUCAAGCUGGUGUCCCACCGAGUCUACCUCGAAGGCUGGUGAUCUCCUUAGCACAGUAUUUGCUGCUCUUGGGCUCCACCAGAUGGUUGACUUCCCCACUCAUUCCUCGCCUAAUGGCUCUGUUUCGUGUCUGGACUUGGUGAUCACCAACCGACCACGCCUCAUGCGCUCAAUUGAUCAAGCACCUCCCUUGGGUAUGUCUGACCAUAUACAGAUUGUUUGCACUUUAUGUUACGCCCCUAUUUCGAACUACUUCCCCAACUCUUCCACUGGUCCUCCCUCUUCACUGUAUCGCUUCAAACAAGUACCUUCGCACCUUUGGCAAUUAAUCAACGCUGAUUUAGCUGGCUACAACUGGUCCUCUCUGAACUCGUACACUGAUGUUAAUGACGCACUUCAUCACUUUGAUUGUGAGCUCCAGUCCGCCUUCCGUCGUCACCUCACCUCAUUCGGAGCCACCCACACUGUGACAUCUCCACGACCCCGCAUGCAAUCUCCACCAUGGGUUACUGCUGGGCUCAGGUCUGCUGUAAAACGCAAGCGUGAUCUAUAUAGUGUGUACAAAAAAUAUCCGACAGCAGUAAAUCAUGCAGCUUAUAACCGACAAAGGAAUGCUGUAAAGCACCUGUCUCGGCAAGCACAUCGUCAAUAUAUACGCUCCAUCCAAGCAUCACUAACGUCACCGAAUCGACCUACACUCUUUCAGUUUGUGCGAGCACAGCGGCACACUUCCGGCCGUGUCAUGCCCCAAACGAUGAUAGCAUCCGACGGUACGGUCGCCACGUCCCCCAAGAGCAUAGCUGAUAUUCUGAACACUCAGUUCACCUCAUUUGGGCUGGCUGAUGAUCCUUCGUGGCGCAUUCCCCCUUUGCCCCAGUCGCCUUUCAUAUCUGUUCCGUUCCGUACAAUCACUGUCGACAUGUCACUACGUUUCAAGUUCGGAAAUAUCCGAAGCGCCUGAAAUGUGGAAAGUCUCCCGGCUCAGAUGGGAUCCCGAAUGAAGUGCUGCAGUCUCUUGCACCAUCAAUAGCCUAUCCUCUCGCCAUUAUUUUUUUAAAUAUGUCAUUUCGAACUGGUACAUUCCCACAGGAUUGGAAAUCCGCCAUCGUGACACCGCUUUACAAGAAUAAAGGCUCCCGUGCUUGCCCGGCAAACUACCGCCCCAUCUCUCUGCUGCGCACAGUUUCCAAACUUUGUGAGCGUAUUGUAUUCGAUUCCCUCUACCUGCACAUCGCUCCGGCUCUCUCACCAGCUCAGUCGGGAUUCUGCCGUGGUGACUCAACUCAAUACCAGGUGACUCGACUUGUCCAAGACAUAGCGACAAAGAGGAACUGUGGGGAGCACGUGGGAAUGGUGUUUUUCGACUUGGCUAAGGCAUUCGACACCGUUUGGCAUCGUGGCUUACUUGCCAAGUUGGAGGUCACCUUCCGGGUGGAGGAUGCUGCCUUGCGUUGGAUAUCCUCGUAUCUGUCUGCUCGUUCUCAGGCUGUUCGCUUGUCCUAUUUCUUGUCUGAUCCCCUCCCUGUAACGUCUGGAGUGCCCCAAGGUUCCAUUCUGGGUCCUUUGUUAUUCUUGCUUUACGUUAAUGACCUACCUUCAGUUGUCCCCGAUGUUAGUUUGUAUGCGGAUGACACUGGCCUUAUCUGUUCUGAUUCCUCCCCUGCACAAUUACUCUUUACCAUGCAGCAUCGCAUCAACAGCACUGUCAUGUGGAUGCAAACGUGGAAACUCCAGCCCAAUAUAGACAAGACAGAAGCCAUGUAUAUUUCUUCAUCCCCUCCUGAUCAACCAUUAUACUUCCCUGACUCGACUAUGCCUAUCCGUGUUGUUACUCAGCACAAACAUCUAGGUGUGAUGUUUGACUGCAAACUCUCUUGGGCUGCACAUGUCAACUGUGUAUGCAAGCGAACCAGUUCAGCAUAAGGGGUACUACAACCACAUUGCACUCAUUUGCCCAUCCAGCGUAAACUAUUAUUUUAUCAGUGCUAUAUUCUCCCUAUAUUCGACUAUUGCGAUACCGCUUGGUGUGGCCUUUCUGACACAACUCUGAACCAAUUAGAAGUCCACCAUAGAUUUACACUUAAAAUUCUUUACAACAAGGAUCGAUGUUUUCCUUCGGAUGCCCUUUAUCGACUUGCACACACUUCUCCUCUCUCCGUUCGUCAUAAGCACCAUCUCUGUACACUGGUUCAUAAAAUAUUUCUUCAUAAAACCCCUUCACACAUGAUGAAGUACAAUUGGUUUUCGACAAACUCAACCCGUAACGCGCUCAUCCUGCCUCUUGUUAAUGGCACAAGGAUUCAGAGAAUCCUUCAGUAGUCUAGACAUUUGUCUUCACCAUGCGGUCUGGCCUUUCGGUGUUCUUUUGCAAUGAAUAAUAACAGGGUAGUCUGUGUAGUUUUCCUGUGGAUUCCCGGUGGAUUUUAGAAUUGAGAUGUGCUAGACGCAUCAGAAUUCAGAGAUUGUGUAGGUACUGGAACGAAUCGAGCAAAAACGGAUGGGCUCGUGCGAGAAAUUGAGAGUUUGAAUGCAUGCUUUCAGAGCGUGAUGAAGGCAAGUAACUUAGUUACGUAAUCAUGGUAAUGAAGGCGCCUAGGCAGCGCGCCACGCGUACGCAUGCACCCAUAAUCACAGUUGCAUACUCUUGCCGUUAUGGACUCUUGGUAGUAGUACUAGUAGUCUACAGUCAGUACAGACUAGAAUUAGCGCCUUGUGGUGACAAGGUGACUCAUUUUCGGAUUUUCUUCAAUCUCUCCCGGCCCUGCCUUUGGCCCUUUGGCGUUUGUAAAAAUAAUGUAGUUCAAUUAGUCAUGUACAUGAUCACUGUAGAAACAGUUUUUUUCUCUUUCAGAUACUGAUAGUAAAAGCAAGUAAUCAUUUUUACUAGAUAAGUUUACUGCUGCUCCAUUUCGAUAGCACGGAUACAACGUCAGUCGUGUUGAGUGCUGUGAAGAAAGCGGUCAUGUGGUGCCGCAAUCAAGUGUUUCUACCUGGCGACGAGGUUGGCGAUGAACGCGCCUGCGAUCAGCUACAAGAUGUUGAACAGCGCAAAGCUGAAUGUGCCGCUAACUCUUCAAAGCAAGAGUCGGACGAACAGGACGAAGUGGCCGCAUCGGGUGGGACUGAGCCCCAAGCUGAAAGGCGACCGAGUCAGGACAGUACAAAUGUGGUGAAACCCCAGUUUGCAUUGACCAACAAGGAUAGAAAGAAGCUCUGGGAGAAAAAGAAGUCCGAGGCUAUAAAAGUGUACUUUACUGAAGAUCAUCCGAAACGUGAUCAAGUGCUACCCAUUGCCAGCGAAUGGAGCCAACAUUGUAGUAUUUCAUUCGUUGAAGUGACAGAUCGAAGCGACUCGGAAGUGCGAGUGUCUUUCAAGGAAAAGGAGGGCUCGUACUCCCAUGUGGGGACGGAUGCACUGCCGAUUCCUAAAGAUGAGUGCACGAUGAACCUUGCUGUGAUUGACAAGUCAACUGUACUCCACGAAUUUGGUCACGUGCUUGGUCUACUGCACGAACACCAGUCACCCAUCAAGGGCAUUGUGCUCUGGAACGUGCCCAAGGUGAUGGCAGAGUUCACGGGGUCACCAAACUACUGGGAUGAGGAGCAGAUCCAGAGACAAAUCCUGGAACCGUUCAAGGCGGAUGAUGUUACAGGCUCUACAUACGACAUGCAGUCCAUCAUGCACUAUAGCUUUGCUAAAGGGUUGAUAUUGAGCAUUGAUGGGAGGCCGACACUGGAUUCUGAUUUUCCCGUGAUAUCAGAGCUUUCACCGACGGACAAACUCGUUGUUGGGAAACUCUACGGUCCUCCUGGCACAAAGCCAGCACCACCAAAGGAAGAACCGCAGACUCUGCCUGAAGAUGCUGACAAGUCAAAGAAUCACAUCAGCCCUGGAGAGGAAAUGAAAUUCACGUUCACAAGUGAUCCAAAAGAAAAAAGAAAGUACACAAUCGAGACGACUGGCGAUGAACCUGACCUGGCACUCACCCUGUCUGGUCCUGACAUUGAAACACGUUUCAUCGCUGCAGCCACUGAUGGUGGUGAGGAUGGUAACCCGCGUGUUGUGGACCAUCUUCAACCCGCCAAGACCUACUAUAUUGUGAUCAGGGCCUUUGCCAAAGGCGGAGCGUUUGCGCUGAGGAUAUCGCCGGUUUGUCUAAAUAUCAAAGAUUGUACGAACUUAGAAGUUGCGACUUCGGCGGUUAUCGUCAUGAAGUCAGUCAAGUCAGUCAAGUGUCAAGUUCGGCAAGAAGCGUGUGUUUCUAGUUGGAACAAUCAACUUCAUCAAAUAUUGUAUUAUUUAUUUUAUGGCUCAAAUCUGAGUCAAAGGUUAUUCUAGUACUUGAAAUAGGUAUAUUCAAAAAGAUUUUUCCAGAUCUUUUGUUGACAGUAGACCAAGAGUGCUGUCCAGCGCUGUGGAGAUUUUCCUAGUACACCGUUGGUCGUGUAGUUGCAGCAUAGCUGAGGUGACCGACUGGGUUUACUGUGUUUGCCUUGACGAAUGAGUCUUGCCGCCAGUA